UGCGCAGUCGGCCGGAGGGCGGACAAGGGGCCGAGCACGCCCGCCGCCUCCGCCGAUCCUGCCGCUGCGCUGCGGCGACCUCCGGGGAAGCGCCGCCGCCGCCGCCGCCGCCAGGGAGAGGGAGAGGGAGAGGGAGAGAGCCGGGCCAGCAUGGCGGAGCAGAAGCGCCUGGCCUUCGCCAUCAUCGAGUUCCUGCAGGGGCAGCUGCAGCACGGCGGCCUCUCCCCGGACGCCCAGGAGAGCCUGGAAGUGGCCAUCCAGUGCCUGGAGACGGCCUUCGGGGUCUCGGUGGGCGACAGGGGCCUGGCCAUCUCACAGAAGCUCCCGGAGAUCUUCGAAGCCGCCGCGGCCAAAGAGCCGCUGCAGGGUUGCCCCGUUGCCGAGCCCACCACUCCUUCCGAAGAAGAGGCGGCUGAAGCCGAAAGGCUGAAAACUGAAGGAAACGAGCAGAUGAAAGUGGAGAAUUUUAAAAGCGCCGUCUCGUUCUACGGAAAAGCCAUUGAACUCAACCCGUCCAACGCAGUCUAUUACUGCAACCGGGCUGCCGCUUACAGCAAACUCGGGAACUAUGCCGGGGCAGUGAGAGACUGUGAGAGAGCCAUCGGCAUCGACCCCAAAUACAGCAAAGCCUACGGCAGGAUGGGGUUGGCCCUGUCCAGCCUCAACAAGCUCUCGGAAGCCAUCUUCUACUACCGGAAGGCGCUGGAGCUGGACCCAGAGAACGAGACCUACAAGUCCAACCUGAAAGUCACCGAGCAGAAGAUGAAGGAGGCCCCGAGCCCGACGGGCAGCGCCGGAGGGUUUGACCUGGCUGGGCUGCUUAACAACCCCGGCUUCAUGAGCAUGGCCUCCAACCUGAUGAACAACCCGCAGGUGCAGCAGCUCAUGUCCGGGAUGAUUUCCAGCAGCCAGAGCCCCAUGGCCGCCCCGGGAGCCAGCACUGCCCCCCACGAUCUCGCCAGUCUCAUCCAAGCGUCUUCUGGUCUCAGGGCUGAACCUCCCAACUCCUCCAUGGCUCCUCCCAGGACUUGGUUUCCUGUCCCAAACCCUCACCGCUUUGCUGAGCCAGGCCCGGUUGAUUUGAAUCCAGAACGUGGCCCAAUUCUUGAGAGGCCAACAGUUCGCUCAGCAGAUGCAGCAGCAAAAUCCGGAGCUCAUAGAACAGCUGCGCAGCCAGAUCCGGAGCCGGACCCCCAGCGCUAGCAACGAAGAGCAGCAGGAAUGAGGCAGCUGCCGGACGACUCUUCUCCUGGUCAGGAAGACCCCCUUUGCCCCAAGGGAAGGACCAGCUGAAGAGCUUCCCAGCUGCUGCCGCCACCAGCCCAGCUGUUCCUCUGCUGGAAAAGCCCAGGAAGGAUUGUGGGGGGGGGGGGGGGAGCCAAGCCUGAUCCGGCCUGCAUGUUAGAGACUGUUUCGCAUAGCUUCCCUCCCUUGCCUCCUCCUCCCCCCCCCCACUCCUUACUCUCUGGUGGACUUUGCCAGGGGGGAGGAGAGCUACUGACCACAAAUCGGCAUCUCUCCCCACCCCACCCCGACCUCCAAGGCAAGCUGUGGGGCUGUCAACACCAGGCCUUUCCUGUCGCUCAGAAGAAGACACAGACACCCAAGACUGCGCCAUCCUCCAGCAGGGAGAGUCACCUUUUCCCAGCCAGGAUUUCCUCCUCGUCACCACUGCUGGAUCCUGGCUCACCAAGGCCGGGUGGCCCCCCUCUUGGGAAGAGGCCCAGUUGACUGGACAGGAGGGGAGCUGGUGGGGCUGGCAUUGGUGGCCGGGAAAGACUGGAGGGCUCUCCUCUGCUUUUUAGUGGGACGUUUGUUUUUAAGAAGGAUCGGGGCUAGUCUGGUGUGACUUUUCUGUGAUGAGGCCGGGGGCUUCUUUCAAAAAUUCAUUUCUCUCGAUAGCAGCCUGGGCAGCCUGCCUGCCUGGACUGGCUAACAGGGCAUUUCCUGCCCAGCAUGAGAGGUGCCAAGAAGCCGCAUGACCGGCAUAGGGCCAAGCCAAGCAUCUCCUCCCUGAAGCCGCCUCCUUGUGGCCAGGACUCCCCUCAGCAUCAUCGGGUGCCUAGAGCACGGCUCUCACCUGUAGAGGUGCCUCCUGGAAGGUGUUUGUGGCUGCUCUCACUUGAAUCUCCCAGAUCCCCUCCAGCCAGCAGGAUGGGCCAGGUGGCAGCCCAAGGGGGAGGGUGGGAGGGCCACCUUCCUUAAGUGCCAGAAGCCCCCUGGAGGCUGCCCUGCGUCAACCAGGUGCCCCUUUGCUGGCCGGCCAAAGGCUCUGGAGAGAAGAGCAAUGGGCCCUGGAGCCUUCU